CUUGCCAUGUUCUGCAGGCUGGCCUGGCUGGUCCUGUACAGCCUUGCUGUGCUGCUGCUCAGCUGCCUGCUCUUCCUGAAGAAGGAGGCCAAGCUGGUGGGGAGCCCCACGACCUGCCAGCCCUUCUGGGCUCCCCCAAGGCCCCACCACAGCCAGUGUCAACCCAACCACACAGUGGCCAAUGCCUCCCUGUCCCUGCCUAGUCGUCACCGCCUCUUUUUGACCUAUCGCCACUGCCGAAACUUCUCCAUCUUGCUGGAGCCUUCAGGCUGUGCCAAGGACACCUUCCUGCUCUUGGCCAUCAAGUCACAGCCUGGUCAUGUGGAGCAGCGUGCAGCCAUCCGCAGCACGUGGGGUCGGCCAGGUGGCUGGGCUAGGGGCCGGCAGCUGAAGCUGGUGUUCCUCCUAGGGGUGGCAGGCCCUGUGCCCCCAGCCCAGCUGCUGGCCUAUGAGAGUGGGGAGUUUGAUGACAUCCUACAGUGGGACUUUGCUGAGGACUUCUUCAACCUGACACUCAAAGAGCUGCACCUGCAGCGCUGGGUGGCAGCUGCCUGUUCACAGGCCCACUUCAUGCUAAAGGGAGAUGAUGAUGUCUUUGUCCAUGUUCCCAAUGUGCUGGAGUUCCUGGAUGGCUGGGACCCAGCCCAGGACCUCCUGGUAGGAGAUGUCAUCCGCCAGGCCCUACCCAACAGGAACACCAAGGUCAAAUACUUCAUACCGCCCUCCAUGUACAGGGCUCGCCACUACCCACCCUAUGCUGGCGGUGGAGGAUAUGUCAUGUCCAGAGCCACUGUGAGGCGCCUCCAAACAGCCAUGGAAGAGGCUGAACUCUUCCCCAUUGAUGACGUCUUUGUGGGUAUGUGCUUGAGGAAGCUGGGGGUGAACCCCACACACCAUUCUGGAUUCAAAACAUUUGGAAUCCAGCAGCCCCUGAACACCUUGGACCCCUGCCUGUACAGAGGGCUCCUGCUGGUGCACCGCCUCAGCCCCCUGGAGAUGUGGACCAUGUGGGCGCUGGUGACAGAUGAGGGGCUCAAGUGUGCAGCUGCCCCCAUGCCCCAGCUCUGAGGGGUGGGUGGAGCAACAGCCCUAGAG